GUGUAAAUAAUUUUAGUGGGGCAGGUUAAUCGAACCAAUUCUUAUAAUAUAUACUUCCAAAAGAUCGUUUUUAUACAUAUGUUUUUAUAGAUAUAUUUAGUAAAAUCAUGAAGUUUACUAACUACAUACAUAUAUGUGACAGCCUGCCGAGCUGAGUCGAUUUAGUCAUGUCAUGUUUAGUUGUCGGAACCGCAGAUAACGGACCACUACAGAAUAGAGCUGUCAUUCAACCUGAACCAUCGAAAUCAAGUGCUUGUAUGGAAAACAUUUUCAUUCGACGAGACAUAUUCACCAAAUUAGGCACGACUUAUUGUCUAAGUCAUUGGUGUAAUCUCCGAACAAAUUGUACAGAUGGGACAACUAUAGCAUAUAUGUCGCUGCCAAACCACCUGAUCGAUCGACAUCAAGUCCUUGUAAGGAAUAUUUUGUAUUUGUGAAGGGUAUUACAGCUUCUGUGCAGAAAUAUGAACAUUUUUUUCUUUCUUUUUUUUGAUUAGUAACGCUUUUAUUCUGUGCUCCAAUUUUCCAGUCUGCUUAGCAAAGUUCUAGUGUUGUGAACUUAAUUUUUAAUUGGUGUCAACUAACUUGCGUAUGCUUCCUUAAAAUGUUGCUUCAGUCAUUCCAUUCAAUGUGUCUUUUACUUUAAUGGUUUUAAAAAUUUCGUUUUUGGACCGUGACAGAGUUGAACGCCUUUCGCAAUUAUCGCACUAUUCGUGACUAGCAGAUAGAUGUGUAUAUUCAGUCUCAGAUAGUUUCUUGGCGGUUUAGGUGCAACAAAAUGUUUUCUUUGCGCAAAAAAGUCUUCUUACUCAUAUGUUUCCUGCAAAUUUUGGUAAUACGCCCGUCAUAUACAAUGGAGAAUUCGCCUGAUAGUCUAGAAAAAGAGAUGUUGACUGACUGUCUUAUGCAACUGAACAUAUCAGAAUUGUUGCGACUUCAGCGUUCAUUGGAAAGACUACCUGAACUUCAUGAGAAGGAAGAUUUUGAAUCAAACUUAAAUAAUGAAUUUAACAAAACUAAGAACGAUUCGGGUGUUUGUGAUUCGCCUAAAGAAAAUUAUAAAAAUAGUUCUUGUGUGAGUCCACAAGCCUUACCGUUAACCGCCGAGAAACGUGGCUACGAGCAUCAUCCUUGGCAACCAGAGGAAAAGCCUUCUAAAUUGCAAACUUUAUUCCAUAUCACCAUAACGGCGUUGGCUUUUCUCUCCUUCGGCGGAUAUCUGCUUUGCCUUAUUGUGCAAGCUAUAAGGAGCAAAGGCACAACCUACUUUCACCCUGCUGCAACCACUGCGGUGACUAACACAAAUGGUGGAGUUAAAAGAAUAAAAAUUUAUCGGCGUAGUCGCAGAAGAAUACGCGCUACGCCGAAUGAAGUGCAUGCAUACAUGGCUUAUUAUUAGCCGCACAAAUUAUAUUUCUAUUGCAUUUUCAUAGGUAUUAACCGUUUGAUAUAUCAGCUAAUAGCAUCAAA